AUGGUUUCAUCACUGGUCCAAAAGUCCGUUGCGAUGAAGAUUCAGCACGAGAGCGAGGCAGGGUCGUUGGCCUAUUUGCGCUAUUUGCUCACCGGGCAAUUCCACUUGAGCAGGAGCGUGUUGAGUUUCGCGUUUUCGGCCGAGCUGCUGCCAGGAGCCAGAGAGCAGGGUUUUCAAGCCUCCAUGAUGCUGCCACAGAUCAAAGCCCAAUGCGAUGUGCAGAUGAUUCGGGUCUUAGUCCAAAACACGGCAGAUGUCAACCUCAGGUGUCACGGCUUGGAAAAGAUUUGCCGUCAGCCCUCGGGCCACACGCCGCUGAUGAUGGCGGCCAGAUGCAAGCAAGAUCCGGUCGUGCUGUCGACGCUGUUGGAGCUCCAAGCCGAUCUCACCGCUGCGAGCCGCUUUGGUGCGCAGGUGAUCCACUGGGUCCAGACGCCCGGACAGGUGCAGGUGCUGGCCAACGCCGGCGUGGACAUGCAAAACUUGACCCGCUUCCGCAACCCUCCCUUGGCCUCGGUGGCCUGUUGGGCGAGCUUCGACACGGUGAAGGAGAUGAUUUUGCACAGGUGCGACGUGAAUCCAUCCAAUGCUGGGAUCCAUCCUCUGCACGUGGUGGCGGCCUUUUCCAAGCGCCAAGCGGCGGAGAAAGCCCAGCUGCUCUUGGAACAUCGCGCGGAGGUGGACGUGCAGCUGUCCACGGCGGGGACCAGUAUUUUUGCAUGCAUCUGCCACAGCUCCCAGAUCAUCUCCUACAUGUAUGACUUCGGAUCCUUGUCGGCUGCCACCAAACUCUUCGGAAGCCUAGAAGGCAUCACACCUUUGGGCAUGGCGGCAUUUUUCGGUGAUCAUUCUUUGACCAGGUGCCUGUUGGAAGCAGGAGCUGACAGAUCCAUUGCCAAUGCCCGUGGCGACCUUCCAUUGAUGUUAGCAAAUGCUCAGGGGCACAGAGCAAUCGUCAGUGAGCUUGAGGGUUUUCAACAGCGUGACAAGGAUCAGCCUUGA